GGCUUGCUGAGGUCGGGCAUCAACUCGCUGCACGCCUGCCUGAGGACGCACCUCUGCAACAAGUUUACUGGUUAUGUCACUUGCACAGCUGAAGUCCCUCCCCUAUCUGUUUUCCUCCCCAAGGUACCUAACCAAACGAGCACUCCGCCACCGAUAGAACCUCUAGAAACAUCACCAACCGCGUCACGAUGUGGUCCUCUAGGUCCACCAACCCGGGCGGGACAGUGCCGUCUUCGUCCUGGGUCCCUUCUGUUCGGCGUCGCUUCGACCAGUUUCGCAGAGAACCCCUUAGACUGUUGGACCAUGGACGCCGCAAGACGGGGUUAUUAAAAGCGGCCUGGUCUACUCGUCACGGAAAUCCCACUCCCGCAAAGCUCCCCGAAGAUUCUGUUCCGGACGGCUAUGUCAGGGCCAAUACACCAGAGUCGGAAUGCCCGCAAGUGAGCCUGUCUUUGUGGGAUCGCGCGUACGACGCUUUGAAGGAGAAAGAUGGUUUGUUGGUUGAAAAGUACGAGGAGCUCUUAUCCAAGGAGCUCUCGGCAUUAAAGGCCGACGACCUGAGCGAAUCAUCCUCCUACGCCGGCACGGCAUGCGGCAACGAGGAACGCUCGAUAGACGGUUCGAAUCCUGCCGCCCGUCAAGCUCAGAUGAUCGCGAUAGCCGAGGGUGCUCUGGCCCGACUAGAUGAGAAGGCAAUCCGAUACCGUAUCUUCGGACACACCUACGUACUCAAAGACCAAAUCACACAAGCCACAAAGGUGGUGGAGCAAUUGAAAGGCAUCAUUGGGGAGGCCGUCAAGGUGUCUCCCCAGGCUUCCGUCGCCUGGGCUGGCAUCUGCGUCGUCAUCCCGCUCCUAGCAAACCCCAGUGCCGAGGAGACAGCCAACCGCGAUGGAUUCGCCUACGUCGCGAAUCGCAUGGGUUACUACACGGCGCUUGAGCCCCUGCUAUCUCGUCUUCUUCACGACUCGUCCGGUGCCAAGACGGCCAACGAGAGUCUGGCAGCCAGAUGCAACCACAAUAUCGAGGAUCUGUAUCAACACAUUCUUGAGUUUCAACUUCGAAGCAUCCGACACUACCAUCGGCAUUGGCUUUGCGGUCUCGCCCGUGACGCGGUCGCGUACGAUGGUUGGAAGCAGAUGCAGCUCAAGAUCAAGGACCUCGAAAAGGCCGUCUCUUCGGAUCUUUCCCAGGUCAAUGACCUUUCGUCGAGGGAAGAACUAGAGUCCCUGAACAAGACGGCCGAUGAUUCUUUCCAGGUGCUCCGCCAGGUCCUCCUCAUCAACAAGGACCAUCUUCGAACGACGGUGGAAAUCCGAGAUCUGCUGUCCGGGAGGCAACAAACCGAGAUGGACCAUGAGACUCAACAAUGCCACCAAAGCUUCCGCCUCACGCGAGGCGGGACCGAAGACGAUUCUUACGAGUGGUACAAAGGAAGAGUCGAAGACCGUGUUGAGGGAACCUGCGAGUGGUUUCUUAAACAUGAGAACUUCCAAUCAUGGCUCAAAUGGGACACGGGACCUCUUAUGGUGUCUGCGGAUCCCGGAUGUGGAAAGUCGGUCCUGGCCAAAUAUCUUAUCGACCACGUGUUACCUUCCAGAGGAGAGGCCAGCAUUUGCUACUUCUUCUUCAAGGACCAGGAUCAAAAUACCCUCUCACAGGCUCUCUGUGCCCUUCUUCACCAGCUCUUUUCCCAACAGCCAGCCUUGAUUCGCCACGCCAUGCCAAAGUUUACCGAGAACGGUGCCAAGAUUGUGACUAAUACCAAGUCGCUGUGGGAUAUCCUGAAAGCCGCUACCGAAGAUGCUGCCGCUGGGCCGACGACGUUUAUCCUUGACGCGCUGGAUGAAUGCGCUGAAAAGGACUUUCGGGAGCUGAUGCAACAGUUGACGGCCUUUUUCGUCGAGAAGUCGGUUCCAACCAGGAGAGUCAAGUUCCUGUUGACAGGGCGGCCAUAUUCUACAGUCCUAUCAGGACUGCAGGACUUGGUGGAUGCGUUUCCCAAUAUUCGAAUCCCAGGAGAAGACGAGUCUGAUGCUAUCAGCAAGGAAGUGGACCACGUCAUUCGGCAUCGAGUCCGAAAGCUACGUCUCUCAAAACACAUCGAGGCCUACUUGGAGCAGCGGUUGGCGGCUGUUGAGCACCGCACCUACCUCUGGGUAUACCUCGUGUUUGAUUACUUGAGGGCCGAAGGCUUCCAGAAAACCAAAACGGGGGUUGACUUGAUGCUCCAGAACCUUCCAACGACUGUCAACCAGGCGUACGAGAACAUCCUCGCGAGGCACAGACAUUCUCCAAUGGCUCAAAAGACUUUGAGCAUUGUCUUGGCAGCAUGUCGGCCAUUGACCGUCGCUGAGAUGAACGUCGCUGUUAGCAUCGAUCUCUCAUCAGGUUCCCGGGACAACGCCGACGCGUGGCGUUUGGGGCUCGAGAGCGAAGACGAAUUCCGCGAAACCCUCCGACGUGUCUGCGGCCUGUUCGUCUCCAUAUACCAUGAUAGGGUCUACUUCCUUCACCAGACCGCCAGAGAGUUCCUCCUCGCAACGCCACCAUCGUCCGGACAUGCCGUGCCGCCUUGGAGGCAUUCCAUCACCAUUCGCCAAGCCCACACGGUUCUCGCCGAAGUCUGCGUGGUUUAUCUAGACCGCCUCGUGCCCGACAGUUCACUUGAAGAGCUACACGAGAGGUCCCAGUCCAACUCCGGCAUACAUGUAUAUUGUGGGGAAGACGAAGGCCUCGGUGAUAAGUACUACCCCCCCUUCCUAGGCUAUUCCGCCAGAUAUUGGGGUACGCACUUUCGAGAGGCCAGCGUUGAAAACGACUCCGAGAUAUUCCCAUCCGCAUUGCGGAUCUAUGACGAGAAAUCGAAGAGUCACGCAGCGUGGUUCUACCUUUACCGCCGAAGCGAGAGAGCGUACAUACCUAACGACGUAUCACGUUUGGCAAUGGCCUCGCGUCUCGGGCACGAGGCUGUCGCCAGGCUUCUACUCGCGCAGGGCGCCGACGUCAACCAUCCUAACGGCCCGGCACCACUCUGCAUGGCCGCUUGCGGAGGGCACAAGGCCGUUGCUGAACUGUUGAUUAUGGAGGGCGCCGAUGUCAACACCGUCAUGCAGAAGGAUGUCUUCGGUCCACUUCAAGCGGCCGCUGCAUUCGGGCACAAAGCUAUCGUUGACCUGUUAAUUAGAAAUGGGGCUUACAUCAAUUCCGGUGAGUACCACGGCUAUCCCGUGGCGCCACUCGCGUUAGCGGCGGGAGGACAUGAGGACAUCGUUCACCUGUUACUUGCGAACGGUGCCGACGCCAACGGGGAGUAUCACACUCGGACGGCACUCCAGGUAGCGGCGGGGGGAGGGUACAGGGCCAUCGUUGACCUGUUAGUUGAGAAUGGAGCCAGUGUCAAUGCUACGGCGGCCUGGGGUGGGGGUGGAGGCUCAGCACUCCAGGAAGCGGCCAAGGAAGGGCACAAGGCUAUUGUUGAUGUGUUACUCGCGAAUGGGGCCGAUAUCGAAGGGCGCGGUCGCGACACACCACUCCAGCAAGCGGCGGCGAGAGGGCACAAGGCUAUUGUUGACGUGUUACUCGCGAAUGGGGCCGAUAUCGAAGGGGACGGUUUCCGCGAGUCACCACUGGUGCAAGCGGCGCGGUGGGGACACAAGGCUAUCGUUGAUGUGUUAAUUGAAAAUGGGGCGAACAUCGAUGCUAAAAACAGGCAUGGGGACACAGCACUCGAUAACGCGGUGAAGUGGGGACCGAACGAGGGUAUCGUUGAAUUGUUGAUUGCGAAUGGGGCUCACUUAACACAAGAGCAGGUAGAUACCUAGGUACCUACCUUGGGUGGGAGGUAAUUGUCGGUUAUUGUCUGCCCUGGCGGUGUUAUUUAGAGGAACUUUUUAGCGACUCGUAGAGGGCUUCUUGGAAGUCCACGAUGUUAAGAAUUGCCCUCCCUCUCAAAAA